AUGACGAAAAAGCAAUACGGCACGCCAGGGCCCAAGUACGACGCACCGACCACCGUGGGUUAUGAGAACACCGACGUCAGGCUGCCGAGGGCUCCUGCUUUCUCGCUUGGCCAGCUGCUGAAGGACGCCGGUCCGGGCCGCAGGCCACAAGUGCCCGGGCCAAAGUACGACCUGGGCGACUACACCCGGCACGGGCCCAACACCACGCCCGCCGCUUUUUUGGCGUCCAGAAUCAAAGAGCCCAAACGCAACGCGCCCACGCCCAGUCCGGCCGCGUACAACAUCACCGACGCCCUACCGUUGACCAUGCCCGCGAUGCCGGCCUACUCGUUGGGUUUCAAAAGGCCGUCCCGGAAAAAACUGUCGCCCACUCCGGCGCCAAACGCUUACGGCCAGGCCGCCAUUGUGGGCAACCGCGUGCCCAACUUGCCGUCCGUGCCGGAGUACACCAUACUGGGCCGACAUGACGGCGCGGGCAAAGGCAAAACCAAUUACAAAUCGCCCGGCCCCGCCAAGUACUCUGCCGUCGAACUGGACCUGUACAAGAAGCAGACGCCCAGGCCAGUCAUGCUGGGCACUCCGGCGGCUGGCAAGUCCAAGAGGAAAGGAACGCCCGCGCCCAACGCUUACCUGCCGCCUUUGGUGCGCUUCGACAACGCUCCACAGUAUUCGCUGGGCGAGCGCAUUGCCCAACCGGCCGGUCCUUAUCUCACCGCAGCCGAUAAGGCGCCAUUUUGGGAAUAG